AUGCAGGAUAAAACAAAAGGGGAUCAAAUACGCGCAGGAUUAGAAACAGAUGAUAAAGGCGAAAGUUUUGAAGGGAUCGUUCAUAGCGAUCUUGCCUAUUACAACAGCAAAAAAUUUCUAAAAUAUUUAGGCGUUAAAAGAAAAACAUCCAAUAUAAAUAUGAACAAAUAUAAUUCAACAAUGAAUGGUACAGAGACACCAGUAAAUACUGAAAUGGAAAGAAAUUUACACAUCAUGAUAGACUGUGGUGAAUAUUCGCAUUUCGAUAGGUUUCUACAAGAACUCCCCUCUGAAACCCUUAGCUGA